UCUGGUUCCCAUCACCAUCACUGUGACACUGCGUCAAUGCUGGCUGUACGUUUCUCUAGAACAGAGCGUUUCACAGAAGACUGAUAUGAAUGGUUUGGUUACCAUAGUAGUGCAUACACUGGAGAAAGUUGGAGGGAUGCGUUGCGUUGUCUUUCAUUCCUUACACACUCUAAUUGCCCCUAGGUGUGGGAUUUGUCCUGCGAUGGACUGGCGACCUGUCCAAGGUGUCUCCUGCCUUCCACCCAAUGUCCACUGGGAUUGGCUCCAGCUCGCUCAUCGACCCAGAAGGAUGAGCGGUUCGAACGUGUGUGUGUGUGCGCGUGUGUGUGUGUGUGAUUGUGCUUUUUACACGUCACAGUCCAGAGCCUUUAUAAGGCGGCAACUUCGAAACCAUGCAGAUUUCCCCUGAGCAGCACUGCUCUGUCGCUUCAGCUGGCCUCUCCGGCAGCGAUUGGCCGAGGAAAACAGGAUAAAAUACUAACCAUCAUGGCAAAGUCGCCGUCUCCACCGUGGCUGGGAGCUUUUCUCCUGCUGUGUCUGCUGCCUCCAGCUGAGCCUAUCACAUGCGCAACACAGUGUGAACAUGGCUUGGUCUUAAAGGAUUGCACAUGUGUGCCAUGCAGUCCGGGCUAUUACUGGUACAUAAGAAGUGGAGUGGGCCGAUGUGACAAGUGCAUCCCCAGCUGCUCUGAUAAGGAAAACAAAGUAGAAGUAAAAGCCUGCGGUGUAUCAACAAGGCGUGAGUGCCACUGCAAGCCAGGAUUCUUUUGUCCAAGUCCAACAGAGUUUAACUGCCGUAGGCAAUGUGAGCCUUGCGCAGCCGGCACCUUCUCCAGCACAGCAUCUCUACGUGAGCGGUGUCAGCGUUACACUAAUUGUGCCGAAGAGGGGAAGGUGGUACUGAGAGAAGGUUCGUCCACUCAGGAUCGAGUGUGUGCCACGAUCCCAACACCUACCACAGGGCCCAUGAGCACAUCUACACCCAGAGCCACUAAAACACCCACCAUCACCUCUGCAUCCAUGACCACGUCUAAACCUGAGACUGUCCCCUCGGUCAUCUCCGUAACUACAACUGAUGCACCGUCUGCCACUGAACCCAUGACCACAUCUACCCAAUUACAGGCAACCUAUAGUGUUCUCAGUCCUGUCCCACGCCCUGGGGCCAUCGUCACUUCAAACCCAGGUGUCCCUGUUCCUCUUCUGGCAUCUCUGAAUUGGCUUUUUAUUCUACUGCUGAUCGUCUUCUUCUUGCUGGUGCUGACUUGUCUCUCCAUGAGAUGCAAAGGCAGAACCAUAAAGAACAAACUGCGUUGGCCAGGUCUCACACUCAGGAAAUAUCAGCUGCAGCAUUUGCAGAAGCCACAGCCAGCAGUGUCUUCCUCAGUCAGCGGCUGCCCUGAAGUGGAGAUGCAGAUACCUUUGGGCAGUGACAUCACGAACAGUGCUAGAAGUCAGGGCAUGGGGCCGGGCUUCUGCCCUGGGGGCAGUCAGCAGGUCACCAUGGAUUACAACGGCAAAGGGGAGAGCAUCAACAAUACAGUGGGAUCGAUUUUCAUUUACUCUCCCGGCAUGGUCAUCCUGGGCUCCAACUCCAAAGAGAAGAAGGAGGAAGUACCGGAGAGCGACGAGAGCGUUCCACUCAUGGGUGUCCCGCAGCAGGAGUCCAGCUUACACCCCCAGGACGACUCUGUUGGGGUGGGAAUGCAAGAGGAAUUUGGCAAAGAGCUGAGCUUUCCAGUCCCAGCCACUAGCAAGUGAGAACGCUCGGGUACCAACGUGGGUAUCAAGGAACAAUACACGUCAGGACGGGCGUCUGUUGUCUUUAUUAUGGGCCGCUUACCCAAAGACAAUGUGGAAAGCCCGCGCUGAUGAAGAGAAGACUCUCAGAAGACCAGAACGAGCAGCGAGAAUGUAAAAGUGCUGUGUCUUCUUGUACAACACUGCUUGUUGAUGAGAUGUGCUGAAUUUGUGAAGGUGCAUUGAAUUUGCUUCAUUCAAAUGUGUCAUUUCCACAUUAAUGAUGUUACGAUAUGUCCAAAAGUAUUCUAAAUAGCUUAAAGAGCACCCACUGCUCACACAGGCAUUGAAUUGCACACGCAGCUUGUAUAAUCUACAUAGAAAAGCUUUGCCAAUAGAAUAGGUUGCUCUGGUGCAGCUGCACAUGAGCCUAAGGUCACCGUCCCCAGUGAAAAGCAUUGGCUAGAGCUGUAUAUAGCUGCCAGCACUGGGCUGUAGAGCAGCGGAACUGUUUAUCAGAGUAAAUGAGCUCCAUCCAAUACCUAGGAUUAAUCAGAAUGAUCACCCAUCAACAUUAACUGACCUCACUCAUGCUCUUGUGGCCUAAUGCAAUCAAAUCCUCACAGCAGUGUUCUAAAAUCUAGCGUAAAGCCUUUCCAUAAGAGCAGAGCCUGUUUCUGUAGCAAUAAAUGGGAAUCACCCCAUUAAAACCCUUGAUUUUAGAUGACUUUUGGACAUGUAGUAUAUAAUUCAUCAGCACAGUUGUAUUAAAAUGUAUUAAUAUAACUCUUAAGUUCACUAAGCUGAACCGUGAAAACUGUGUUGAUGUGAUCUCUAUCGUUGAUGUGGAAUGAAUGCACACGUUUGAAUAAACUCAAUUCAGUGAGUAACUUUUCUCAGUGAAGAACCUCUGAUGGUGACUGUGUCUUUGUGUGUUCAGUAGAUAGAUACACUGAGUUUCAGUGGUUCAGUGGUAUGUUUUUUUUUUUUUUUUUUUCUUUUUUUUUUUUUCUGUUCAUUCUGUAGGAGGGAGUGUGAAGCACAGUGAAGGUGAGAAAACUCCCUGGCUGCUGAAAAUCCUACACUGAAAGAAAAAAAAAAAGUGAUGCAUUGAACUUAUUUCAAACUGUCAUAAUUUCCACAUGAAUAAAAGAUUUUACAUCAACACAGUGCCAGAAGUAAGUGAACCGAAAGAUGGGGCACGUUUUGUUCACGUGGAAAUAACAUACAAAUCCAUUUGAAUCAAGUAAAUUCAAGACAUCAUUUAUUUUUUUCAGUGUACGCUCAGGUUAACCCAGACACAUGACCUUUAUAUGUUUGCGCUCUCACAGUGCAGAGUGAUGUUCUUUAUGAUCAGUAGAUCAUGCCUUUACAUAUGAGCUGGACAGAUGAAAGUAGAUCAGCGCACUUGUCUGAGGAGUGUGGGCGUCUGAACAGUAUGAAGGCGAAGCUAAAAAUACCUCAGCAUCGGAAAAUAUAUACCAACUUACAUGACGGGGGGCAGUUGUGUAAGUGGCCUCACUUAGGUCGGCAUCUCCCCAGCUCACUUGACAAAUGUGGGUUGUACAUGUCCUAGAACACAGGCCUGUAACGUGAGCCCCCCUGUUGACACUUUCAUUAUCACUCGUCACCGUCUGGACAUAUUUCUCAACGCUUUCUUGUAUUUUGUUUCUUGUAAAGUACAUUAUGUGUAAUGCAUAUGUAGUUGUGUGUAUUGUAGGUCAUGAUUAGUAAUUAAUUUCUACAGGACAAGUUUCUAGCCUCUCUUUAUCCCAUAGAAUUAAUAUUUCUUUUGUUACUGUUCCUUUAAGACUGAUGUAUGUAAAUGAUCUCUGUUGUGACUGACUGUCAUGCAUUGUGCCUAAAUCGACAAGAAGACAAACAUUCCUUAUGGCCGAUGCAUAACUGGUAUAACUGCUAUAGGCUAAAAAAGUGGAUAUACGCAAAUGCUUUGGUUUUUGUGACAUCACAAAAAUGCUGAAUUCAAAACAGGCUGUUUUUGCAGCUGUAUAUGGACUGUAUGAGCCAGGAAUUGAACACUUCUGAGCAGCUUUUGUUUUUUUCACAAGUGACAGGCGUAUUUAUAAAAAUUGGCAUGUUGCUUGCAGCAAGUGCCAAAACACAAGGGUGAUUCAAAAAGAUUUCAAAGUGAUUUCACUUACAGAACAAUGCAGUGAACUGUGAAUGGUUUAGUUGAGCGUAAAGUUUAUUAUGUAAUUGUACAAGGUCUCAGUCUGAACCUCCUCCAGCUGUACGGACCACAUCAGCGCCGGAGUCAAACUCAUCCCAUGCUGUAUUGAGCAUGUCGGGUGUCGCUGCACUCACAGCUCUUUCGAUGCGAUUUCGGAGGUCAUCCAGUGUGGAACCAAUGAGGAACGCUCUGAGCUGUUGGAGGUUCACUGCCAGCAAAGUCAUGUUGCACAGUUAUGACAGAUUCACUCUUAUUGAAGUGGAGAACGCAGAACACGUUCUGCUCAGGGGUCUCGUCUCCUCGCCGACUGAAGGGGGCCGUCUUCCAGUGACGGCCAGAAACUCUAUGGCCCCCUCUUCCAAUUGGUAUGUGAUUGGUUCCUAGAUGCCUCACUGUUGAAAAAACAUGGCACUUUGAAAUCAGAUGAAUCUUUUUGAAUCACCCUUAUUGACUGUGAUCUUAAAACUUUGCUUUGUUAAUGCUUUCUGCAUUGUUUUUAAAGGCCACGCUGAGUAAACCAUGAGUACAGAGUUCCCUCCCCUCUACAAACUGUGGUUUGGCGAUGUGGGGAAUAGCAGCGCAGUCGCCGCUUCUGCUAUAAAAGAUGGAAAAAAAUAGAAGAAGAAGUGAUGCCACCGCCCUCUGUGGUUCAGAGUCCAGGAGAGCAUAAUUGGCUUUGUUUUUUCUGGGUGGGCAGGAUGGCCCUCCCUGUCUCCCUCACUCAGCGCAGUGCUAACUGACACAGACGUCUGUUAGCUGACAUAACAGCAUUGGCAGUUAGCGCUCUCCUCCAAGCGUGUUGAGGUGUUAAAUGAUGGUGGCAGCUGGAAAAGAUAUGGUGGCGCUUCAUGUGUCUCGGAGGGAAGCACAUGCAAGCCUUCACCCUCCCGGCUUUUUAGCACUGUGUGAUGGGCACUGGCCACUGACUGCAGCUUACCACUUAUAGUGGAACCACUUUUUUGGCAAAAGAAUCUGCCUGUGUUUAAAGUUUUUCUUCUGUGUUCUACUUUUUGUUCUUUUUUUUUACUUUGCAAAACUGUACCGUAGAAGCAGUGGAGCACUUGAAGUUGUGUGUUAACGCACACACUCUCUGUUGUGCUCUGUUGCUUGAAAAUGCUACCUUAGUGAAGGCAUUAUACUUUUGGGGUUACAAAGUAACACAAAGUAAUUUCACGUUCUGUGAUAUGUUUAUAGUAAAUGACAAAGAUGAUAGACAUUCAAGGCAAUACUUGUAACAUAUGAGACAAGAGUAUAUCAUGUGUCAGAUUAUUUUGUACAAUGAUUAUUAAGUAUGUUUUAUAACAUGUCAUUGUUAGUCAGUGUCUAACGACACAGGCACCUGUCCAUAUCAUAAAAAGUACAAUUUUGUUUUGUUUUUAGGGCACUUUGCAAUGAAUUAUUGUCGUGGGAGUGACUGGAUGGAGCAUCACCUAGUCAGGAAUACAGCAGGGAGCGAUCGCUUGGCUCAGUAGUGCCGCAUAGUGCCUUAAAAGGGAGCCUGGCCACUUCCUAUUUCUCCCAUAAUAUCAGAAACAUGACUGCAAAUCUCUAAAGGGUGCCCGUGAGCAUGUCUGAAAUGAAUGGGGGUGAAUGGCGAUGCACAACAGAAACUGAAAGGUGUCUAGUCGUGUGGGAGCUUCCUUUAAUUUUGGAAAAUUGAAGGACAUAUUUUGCUUAAAAAGUUCUCUUAGAAAGAGAACUUGCCUGUAUUUUUUUAUUUUUCUACAACAAACAUUACUGCUACUGAGUGCUAAAUGAUUAGCAUUACUUCUACUGAGUGCUUAUUGGUUGGCACUUUUGCUACUGAGUGCUGAUUGGUUGGCAAUACUGCUACUGAGUGCUAAAUGGUUAGUCAGAUUUUCCACAAAAGCUCCAUAGGAGCCCAUUCAUUUUGGACUGACUCCAGAGCACCUGACAAACCUGGAAUUAAAUGGCAGUUCAACUCGCUGGACAGUCUCUGCUCACGUCACCCACCGAGCUUCGCCUUUCGUCUCAGUCCAUGGCCGACUAGAGCUCCCUUGCUGUUGUCCUCUGAGCUAGGCAGUGGUCAGUUCGGUUGCUUCACCGACAUCUCCGUUUUCUUUUUGAAAUAUGAUGUGCAAGUUGUCAUUUUAGGGUUUCACUCAAGCAACGUAAUAAAUGUUGACAAUCCGUCUGUCUGGGGCGUUUUGUGAAAUCUGUGUCUUGUUGGUAUAUUAAUUUGUGGCAAAGUCUAGGCUGGCACUCCAGAUCUUCGGGAGUGUAGGCUGACAGACUCACGUAUGACUGGGAAUAGAACCAUAAACAACACUUUCCCAUUAUUAGUUAUCUUUGCUGAUAACACGGAAUUUUAAAUUCAUUUCCAGCAAUGGACGAAGUACAGUCUCCCUGUAUGUGAGUAAAAGUACAGCUAUGCUUGUGUGUGAAGGGACUGAGCACCAAAACUAAAAGUCUGUGGAGUUACUGUAGAGGUAAACAAAUAAAUCUGCUUUCAUUCA